AGCUAGCGGCCAUUAAACCGGCUCACGCAAUGGGCGAGAUAGCGGCGGACGAGCGCGGCCUCGCCGCCGGCGCCGGCAAGGGAGCGGAAGAAGAGGAGGAGGAGACGUCCCCGAUCGAGCAGGUCCGGCUGACGGUGCCGAACGGCGACGACCCGACGCUGCCGGUGUGGACGUUCCGGAUGUGGACCAUCGGGCUGUUCUCCUGCGCGCUCAUGAGCUUCCUCAACCAGUUCUUCUCCUACCGCACGGAGCCGCUCAUCGUGACCCAGAUCACGGUGCAGGUGGCGUCGCUGCCCAUCGGCCACUUCAUGGCCCGCGUCCUCCCGCGCCGGAGCUUCCCCGUGCCGGCCUUCCUCGGCGGCGGGGAGUGGAGCCUCAACCCGGGGCCCUUCAACAUGAAGGAGCACGUGCUCAUCUCCAUCUUCGCCAAUGCCGGAUACGCCUUCGGCAACGGCAACGCCUACGCCGUCGGGAUCGUCGACAUCAUCCGCGCAUACUACUACCGCUCCAUCUCUUUCCUCGCCGCGUGGCUCCUCAUCAUCACCACCCAGGUGCUCGGCUACGGGUGGGCCGGGCUGAUGCGCAAGUACGUGGUGGAGCCGGCGCACAUGUGGUGGCCGACCACGCUCGUCCAGGUCUCGCUCUUCCGGGCGCUGCACGAGAAGGAGGAGUUCCCCAAGGGGUCGCGGCAGAUAUCCCGCUCAAAGUUCUUCCUGGUGGCGCUCAUCUGCAGCUUCGCGUGGUAUGUCGUGCCGGGCUACCUCUUCCCGGUGCUCACCUCCGUGUCCUGGGUGUGCUGGGUCUUCUCCAAGUCCGUCACCGCGCAGCAGCUCGGCUCCGGCAUGCACGGCCUGGGCCUCGGGGCAUUCACGCUCGACUGGACCGCCGUCUCCUCCUUCCUCUUCAGCCCGCUCAUCUCGCCCUUCUUCGCCACCGCCAACAUCGCCAUCGGCUACGCCUUCUUCAUCUACAUCAUCAUACCCACCGCGUACUGGGGGACCGACCUCUACCACGCCAAGACGUUCCCCAUAUUCUCCUCGCACCUCUUCAUGUCCAACGGAUCCCUCUAUGAUAUCACCAAAAUCGUGGACAGUCGGUUCCAGCUUGACAAGGUCGCGUAUGGAAAGCUCGGUGUGGUAAACCUCAGCACCUUCUUUGCACUCUCUUACGGGCUCAGCUUCGCCACCAUUGCCGCAACCAUUUCUCACGUCGCCAUCUUCUACGGGAAGGAGAUCUAUCAACGGUUCCAAGCUUCAAAGCAAGAGGAGCCUGACAUCCACACAAGGCUGAUGAGGAAGUACGACGACAUACCAGCAUGGUGGUUCUACUCGCUGACGGUAUUGGCGCUGAUAGUGUCCCUCAUCCUCUGCACUGUCCUCAAUGACCAGGUUCAGCUCCCAUGGUGGGGCCUCAUCUUCGCCUGUGGCAUGGCCUUCAUCUUCACCCUCCCCAUAAGCAUCAUUAGUGCAACCACAGCCCAGACACCUGGUCUGAAUGUCAUCACUGAGUAUGCCAUGGGGCUGAUAAUGCCUGGAUACCCCAUCGCCAAUGUCUGCUUCAAGGUGUACGGAUACAUGAGCAUGAGCCAGGCGGUUUCUUUCCUCUCAGACUUCAAGCUCGGCCACUAUAUGAAGAUACCUCCCAGAUCGAUGUUCAUUGUUCAGUUCGCCGGUACAAUUGUGGCUGGGACAGUCAACCUCGGCGUGGCAUGGUGGCUACUUGGUUCCAUCCCGAACAUCUGCAAUGACAAGGUGCUCGCAGCAGACAGCCCAUGGACAUGUCCCGGUGACCGUGUCUUCUUUGAUGCAUCGGUUAUCUGGGGCCUUGUUGGCCCGAGGCGCAUUUUUGGGGCAGCUGGUAACUAUGGAGCUGUCAACUGGUUCUUUCUCAUCGGCGCAGCAGGCCCUGUUGUUGUGUACAUCUUCCACAGGAUAUUCCCCAGUCAGAAGUGGAUACUAAUGAUAAACCUGCCAGUGCUCAUCGGCGCUACAGCUAACAUGCCACCAGCGACAUCCGUCAACUACAACGCGUGGCUGAUCAUUGGCACCUUCUUCAACUUCUUCGUGUUCCGGUACCGGAAGAAAUGGUGGCAGAGGUACAACUACAUCCUCUCCGCCGCUCUCGACGCAGGCGUCGCUUUCAUGGCGGUGCUGCUGUACUUCACACUGACCAUGGAGAACCGGUCAGUCACCUGGUGGGGCACAGCUGGUGAGCACUGUCCUCUGGCCACAUGCCCCACCGCUAAAGGGGUAGACUUGAGUCUAGAUCCAACUGAAUCUAGGGUGUGCCCCGUGUUCUAAGCUAGAUCUGUUUCAUGCUUCAAGAUAAAGCUGCAAGAUUAGUCAUGAUUCAUUCAGCUUGUGUCAGUGUCAUAUUAUCAUAGAUUUCUAUUGUACUCUCAAGCAAAGGAGAGAGAGGGAGAGCACAGCUCCUCCUAUGUGUAAAGGUUAUAGUCAGCCAAGCAAAGACAAAAACUAUUAGCAGCAGUGUUAUAUAUCAGUUCAUUUGGGUA